CUGGGCAACGCUCAAAAUAGCUGUUGGUAAAGAAUAAAGUUAUCCGGGGGAUUUUGGUAAUCCGUCUUGUGGAGGAUGCCAUGUGUAAACGUCUUAACUCCUCAUUGAGCCACUGAUUUAUGCUGAACGAGAGCUCGGUGUCGUAAUUCCGUUGAUAACAACAUGUUUUGUCUCUCGUGGAGCUAAAAUAGCUAUCAUAAUUGACAUUUUUACCCAGUUAGGCUACUCCUUUCGCUGCAAAAGUCACACCCUUCAAAGAAGCCUCGCGCUGUUCCCGCAUUCAACCGAUGGAUGGCGCUGUUCGGGCAUUACUGAAUGAACACCGGGCGUAAUGGUGUCUGUAUCCCCGUCGACAUGGCAGAGGAUCCAGAUAUUUCACCAGUGGGUCCUAGAAAACGGAGGCUGCAUUUAAGAAAGCAGUAUGAAAUACUUUGAUAAAGCACUUUAACAGCUACAUCGGGUAAUAUAACGAGCUAAUGAAACUCGUUCCAACAGACAAGAGGACAGAUGGAUGGCUUUUGGUUUACUCUCCUCUGUCUGUCGGUGGGAUCUUCCUGUUUUACCUGGUCAUCGUCUGGCUUGGUCCCAAACUGAUGUCUUACAGAGAACCAGUCAACAUCAAAGCUCUCCUUAUUAUUUACAAUUUUUCCAUGGUGUGCCUUUCUGCUUACAUGUUUUAUGAGUUCACAGCAUCUUCUUGGUUUGCGAAUUACAGUUUGGUUUGUCAGCCUGUCGACUACUCUGAAACACCAUUGGCAAUGAGGAUGGCCAGAGUGUGCUGGUGGUUCUACUUCUCCAAAGUCAUUGAACUUACCGAUACAGUGUUCUUCAUUCUGAGGAAGAAGAAUAAUCAACUGACCUUUUUGCAUGUUUAUCAUCAUGGCACCAUGAUUUUCAACUGGUGGGCGGGGGUCAAGUAUGUUGCGGGAGGGCAGUCGUUCUUUAUUGGCCUCAUAAAUUCUUUUGUUCACGUGGUGAUGUACAUGUACUAUGGCCUGGCAGCACUGGGCCAGCGAAUGCAUAAGUACUUGUGGUGGAAACACUACCUUACUUCGCUUCAGCUGCUCCAGUUCUUCAUUGUGACCAUUCACACUGCAGUUAACCUCUUUGCUGACUGUGACUUUCCUGACUCCAUGAAUAUUAUAGUGCUCGGAUAUGCCUUCAGCCUGAUCGGUUUGUUUAGUAACUUUUAUUAUCAGAACUAUAUUUCCAAGAAGACCAAGGUGGCAUGAUAGCAUGAAGAUUAAAAUAUAUUAUAUACUAUGACUGUCUGAAUAAAACGGUGCCAUCCAUUGAUCCCCAAUGUGGCGACUGAGACCGUCUUAAGGACUCUGUUUAUCUCAGAUCCAUUUGUCUGUGUAUACUCCCCUCCUCCAAACAGAGUCCAUACAAUCUCCACACUCCCAUCCCCCUCUGGUCAUUAGGGAUUGAGACCCUGCAACGCUCUAGUGAUCUGGCCAAAUUGAAAUAAACCCGAGUCCACCUUCUGCUCCUCACUCACUUAUUUAUCUAAUCUCCCACUGUGACACUUCAUUUGUUUUACCACUCAUUGGAUCAGGUCAGCCAAUCACAGUGUAGCUGGGGGGAGUGGUUUAUUUGGAGCCCUACCUUCUCUACAUCUGCCCUCUUCUAUCAGUCCUUAAACCUAUACCUUUUUAAAAUACAGUUUGUUAUAUACAUGUAUGUAUAUCCCAAAUAAAAGUUAUUUUUCUUUUUUUUUUU